GCACCUGACGCUUACGAAUCGCACCACGCGCUUCCUCAUACCAGUAUUGUGCUGUACUUUCACCAGCAUUACGCGACACUCUAUCUUCUACUUUUAAACGCGUUUCUUCAUCAAUAUCGGGGUGAUAUUCAUCACCACAAACAACACGCUGACUACACGGCAGCAACAACAAAACCGUAAAAUAUACUAGAAGCAUGAUUAGGUUGUCCUAGUAGACAAACUAUAUCGAUUCAUUUUCCUUUCUAUUUAAAUAUAUUUAAUUAUAAUAUCUUAUCGUUAAACUUUAAUCUUUGAACUGCAAUUAAUGUACAACAAUUAGUAUUAUCAGUAGAUAACUCCGGUUUAUUAAACCUUUUCCGGCUUCUUGAAUUUUACUACAGCAAAUCUGUAGAUCCGUCAUGACUGUACAAUAAAAAAGAUAUGAAUAGUAAUGUUUUGCGGAAUAAUGAAACGAAAUGCUUAACGCUCAUUUAUGAAUUGUUGUAACUCAGCCUUAUGAUCGCGCAGUGAAGUACAAAACGUGUGUGAACCGUGCACUCGUCUCGGACAGGUAUUAAGUGUUCCUCUGUAGCAAACUCAUAUCCCUACGUUAUGUUCCUGUAUCAUAAAAUAAAAACUCCAACAAAAAGAUCAUUUGACCUUGACUCAAACGUUUAGGUACCAUAAAAAUAAUUAAAAAUUAAACGCACACAAUACAUCAAAAGAUACAGCAAUCAUUGUAUCAACUCGUGACUCAUAAUGUCGGCUCACUCGCAUACAGGUUGGCAGAUCAUUAUCACAUUUAUUUUAUAUACAAUUCUGUUUGACAAAUUAUUCUAGAUUAAACUAAUUGAUAUUAGGGUUCAGUAGUAUUUAACGUAAACACACCUUUUCUAAAUGUACAAUAAAAUAAUUUAAUAAGUCCUGUGAACUCUAUCGGUAUGAACUUUGAAAUUGUAAAUCAAAGGGAAUCAGUCGCUGGAAUAUUACUAUGUUUUAGACCGAGACACAAUUUAUCAAUAAACAAAAGAAGCAACCAUCUUUGUUGUGACAUUUUUCACUAAAAAUGUUAUUGGGGUUAUGCUCAGCAGGAGAUUUUGGUAAAAACGUACUGUCCCGCGCAGGAAGGUUAGUAUUUGAAAAUUUGAAAAGUCCUGACAAAACGCCGGACAUUUCAAUAAAAGUCCGGAUAUUUUAGUCACAAAAUCAUCCACUUAGUUACAGUGAUAUUAUACGCGUGGUAAAAGACGCUCGCAUCGCAGGGGGGGUCUCGUUAUUGAUUUUUAAAGAUGACAUAUUUUGUUUUAAAUUAAUGAGAACUUAAUAAAGAUUAUUUGACUUAUUUGAUACGCAUUUCGGACAAAGGUUGAGCCCGGCCAUUCAACGGGGUAAUGCCGCCAGCCUCUUGAGCACCCUACCCUUCGAGCGCAACGAUUUGGGGUCGAUUUUUUACAUAAUAUAGUUUUAUUUUUAGUUUGGUAUAAGUAUUUAGUUUAUUUAGUAGUUUUAAUCUAUUUUCUCUUUUAGUUUACUUAAUAUAGUAUUUCGGAAAUAUUGUUAAUAAUAAAUAAGUUUUAUAUUUUUUAUUAAAGACCUAAUAAGCAGUUUUACUCAUAUUCCAACUAAUUAAAAAAAACCGGACAAAUUAGAAAGCCGGAUAAAGUCCGGAGUAAAGGCAAAAUAUCCGGACAUGUUCGGACAAAUCUGGAUGGAUGUUACCAUCCACGAAGGUAAACACAUUGUCUAUACCAUGUUGUAAGCGAUGCGCUUGCAAAAUAUAAUCUCUUUUAGUAAUUAAUACUUUACUUAAUACUUCCCUUUUAAUAAUAAAUAAUAUGGAACCCUAUGUGGCUACAAGAAAAUUAAUGAAUUAUUAUUUAAAAACUAUCAUCUGUACAGUGGUAUAAUGAUGAUAAGAUUACAGUGUAAAUAUAAUAAUAAAGGCAUUAAAAACGAUUCGACAGUUCAGUCCGCUACAACAUGCUCGCUAAUCUGUUGCUGCUGCUGCCGGCGCUGGCCGCCGCUGCCGAGAUCCAUUAUCACGACACGGCGCGGCAGUCCCAGCUCCGUGAUAGCGAUCGCAGCUACGGCCAAACGAAUGGUCGCGAAGCAACCGCGGAAUACUGGGCAAACGAGGCCGCCGCCGCAAUCAGUGAGCGCAAGAAGCGUGCCCCCGACAACGGUGGUGUCGCGCGCAACAUCGUGAUGUUCCUGGGCGACGGCAUGUCGGUGCCCACGCUGGCCGCCGCGCGCACGCUGCUGGGACAGCGCCAGGGACGCACCGGCGAGGAGGCACAGCUCUCCUUCGAAGCCUUUCCUUCAGUCGGACUAUCAAAGACUUAUUGUCUAAAUGCUCAAAUAGCUGAUUCAGCGUGUACUGCCACGGCUUAUUUGUGUGGUGUGAAGGCGAACAGUGGCACUAUAGGCUUGACCGGCGCCGUGCCUCGCUUCAAUUGCACAGCCUCCACGGACCGCGCCACGCAUGUACAGUCCAUCGCCGCCUGGGCGCUGCAGGAUGGCCGUGAUGCAGGUGUGGUGACCACAACCCGCAUCACGCACGCGUCGCCGGCGGGAUUGUACGCCUCGGUGGCUAACCGCAACUGGGAGAAUGACGCGGCCGUUACCAGCGCGGGCCAUGACACCAACCUCUGUCCCGACAUCGCCUAUCAAUUGAUCAACAUGUCUCCAGGAAACCAGUUAAAGGUAAUUUUAGGAGGUGGACGCCGUGAAUUUUUACCAGUCAACAUGACCGACGAAGAAAAUGAACGAGGGCUAAGAACUGAUGGGCGCAAUUUAAUAGAAGAAUGGCAAGCUAGCAAGAGAUCUCAAAAUGUUUCUCACAGAUACGUAUGGAACAGAACUGAGUUGAUGGAACUCUCGUCUUCUCCGCCUGAUUAUUUAUUGGGUCUUUUCGAAAGUAAUCACAUGCAAUAUCAUUUAGAAGCUAACAAUGUAACAGAACCAACGCUCGCUGAAUUAACAGAGGUUGCGAUCCGAUCACUGAGUCGCAACGAGAAAGGGUUCUUCCUAUUUGUGGAAGGAGGACGAAUAGAUCACGGUCACCAUGAAAAUUAUGUGCACUUAGCUUUGGAUGAGACUAUCGAGCUGAGCAAGGCGGUGGCGCGCGCCGCUGAGCUGCUCUCGGAGGAUGACUCACUCCUAGUGGUGACCGCCGACCACGCGCAUGUCAUGGCUUUCAACGGGUACACCCCUCGAGGUAGUGACAUACUGGGCCCUUCAAACUCUAUCGACGACAACGGUGUACCCUACAUGACGCUAUCUUAUACCAAUGGACCUGGUGCUCGAAUGCAAACCAAUGGAAUACGCCCAAAUGUUCUACAAGAUUCAAAUUAUGGUGCCACGCGCUGGCGAUCACACGCCGACGUGCCGCUCGACUCGGAGACGCACGGCGGCGACGACGUGGCGGUGUUCGCGCGCGGGCCGCACCACCACAUGUUCACCGGCCUGUACGAGCAGAGUCAGGUGCCGCACCUCAUGGCCUACGCCGGCUGCAUCGGCGCCCGCUCCCGGGACCACCCGCACUGCAGCGCGGCGCACGCCCUCACCUCCCCGCCGCUGACUGCGCUGCUACUCGCCGUAGCGACUCUUGCGCGUGCCUUCGGAUUGUUGCGGUUGUGAAUUUCCUAACUCCGACAAUUUUUUGUUUAUAGUGUUGAUCGAUCGGUGGGCUGUGAUUUCGUCAAAUGUAUAUAUGUAUUAGUAUAGAUCAGAGUUAUUUUUGUAUAUAGCGUUGAUGUUGUAUCGUGUUUAGUUGCCGUAUUAUUAAGAGCGUUUGCGAAUCUUUCCCACGUGAGGGUUGAAUAUACCAAUGUUUGUAUUAUGUUAAUUGAAACAUAAAUUUAGGUGAAUCUUGAAUGAAAGUUUAAAAUA